GCGACAGAACGCUGGUUAUCCGGGGAUAUCACACCACUGCUGUUUCUCUCAGUCCAUCUCACUCUCACCCAGUAUCAACGGACUGACAAGGCAUAGAAAACAAACCAAAAGAAGACAUCUCACACCGACAAUGGCAGAGCUUGGAGCGGGGAGCCUGCUGUUAGGGGAUCCUGCUUUUAACUACCAGGAGCACGAACUGAACGAACGAUUAAAACGACUCUAUCCGGCCGUGAACGAGGAAGAGACCCCGCUACCCCGAUCUUGGAGCCCCAAGGAUAAAUACAGUUACAUCGGGCUUUCACAGAACAAUCUGCGGGUCCAUUACAAAGGUCACGGGAAGAACCACAAAGAUGCGGCGUCCGUCAGAGCCACCCACCCCAUCCCGGCCGCCUGUGGCAUCUACUACUUCGAGGUGAAAAUCGUCAGCAAGGGACGCGAUGGGUACAUGGGGAUCGGUCUGUCUGCCCAGGGGGUCAACAUGAACAGACUGCCUGGUUGGGACAAACACUCGUACGGUUACCACGGCGACGACGGGCACUCCUUCUGCUCCUCAGGGACGGGCCAACCGUACGGGCCCACUUUCACCACGGGCGACGUGAUUGGCUGCUGCGUGAACCUGAUCAACAACACCUGCUUCUACACCAAGAACGGCAUCAGCCUGGGUGUUGCCUUCACAGACCUGCCACCCAACCUGUACCCAACGGUGGGCCUGCAGACCCCAGGGGAGAUUGUGGACGCUAACUUCGGCCAGCAGCCGUUUGUCUUCGACAUCGAGGACUACAUGUCUGAGUGGCGGGCCAAGAUCCACGGCAUGAUCGCCCGCUUCCCCAUCGGAGAGAGGCUGGGGGAGUGGCAGGCCGUGCUGCAGAACAUGGUGUCCAGUUACCUGGUGCAUCAUGGGUACUGUGCCACGGCAACAGCCUUCGCCAGGGCAACAGAGACGUUGAUUCAAGAGGAUCAAACCUCCAUACAGAACAGGCAGAGAAUACAGAAGCUGGUGUUGGCAGGAAGAGUAGGAGAGGCCAUAGAGGCCACCCAGCAGCUGUACCCUGGCCUGCUAGAACACAACCCAAACCUACUCUUCAUGUUGAAGUGUCGUCAGUUUGUGGAGAUGGUGAACGGUACGGACAGCGAGGUGCGCUGUUUCAGUCUGCGCUCGCCCAAGUCCCAGGACAGCUACCCAGUAUCCCCCAGCCUCAGCCCCCGCCACGGGGCCACCAACCCUCACCUGCACACUGGAGGAACAGACAGCCCCACCUGCAGUAACGGAGUGACCCCGCCCAACAAGAACAAGAGUCACAGCAAGUACCCUGGAGUAAGCUCCGCCUCUUCCUCCUCAAGCUCCUCCCCUUCCUCCGUCAACUACUCUGAAUCCAACUCCUCCGACUCGACCAAGUCUCAGCCUCACAGCACCAACAGCAACCAGGAGACCAGUGACAGUGAGAUGGAGAUGGAGGCGGAGCCCUACACUAACGGCGUGACUGACAGCUCGUCCAGGGUGAUGAACGGAACUUACAAACACCAGGAGCUGCUGCAGCCUGAGGACAGCCUGGGCAACGGGCUGGCAGAGGAGGGCUGUGGCAGCAGACAGCUGUGUGGGGGGAACCAGGCUGCCACAGAGAGGAUGAUCCAGUUUGGCCGCGAGCUGCAGGGUCUCAACGAGCAGCUCUGCAGAGAGUACGGCAAGAACGCCACACACAAGAAGAUGUUACAGGAUGCGUUCAGUCUCCUGGCGUACUCGGACCCCUGGAACUGUCCAGUGGGCCAGCAGCUGGACCCCAUGCAGAGAGAAGCCAUCUGCUCUGCGCUCAACAGCGCCAUCCUGGAGUCCCAGAACCUGCCCAGGCAGCCCCCCCUGAUGCUGGCUCUGGGCCAGGCCACGGAGUGUGUCCAGCUCAUGGCCCGCGUCCGCUCUGGAUCCUGCUCCUUCGCCAGAGUAGACAACUUUUUGCACUAGCCCUGGUCCAGGUUGAUGUUGCAGAUUGCUGAGAAGAGGACUUAUUGGUAGUGACCAUGGCAACGGAAGAGAGCAUGCGUGUGAUUGGUGCGUCUGACCCGGAGGGGGCGGAGCAGCGUGUAGAACAGGAGAAGAAAGUUUCUUUUUAAUUUAGUAUUAUCAAAACAAUGUGUGACACUAUUUAAAGAUAAUUAAUUAUUAUUAUGUUUAUCUAGUCUUUUUUUCUAGAUUUUAUUUUUGUCUUUUUUUAUUAUUUUUUCUCCUCGAGUAAGUAGUUUGUUGUGCUCAUCUUGGACCGAAGUAAGAUCUGUUUCCGUUUCCAGUUCUUUAUGGACUUAGAAUCCCGAGUCAGUGUUCUGCACCGUGACAUCAUAUCACACACAUCACCAUGCAAAGCACUCUGGUCCCUCCCUCUCAGAGCUCAGGAGCCACCGAGGUCAGAGGCCAUCUCAGAGGGGGCGGAGCCAGCAGCAGGCUGACCCCAGUGACCACUGGUCAUGUAUCAAUUUGGGAACACACACACACAGAGAGCGCUAGCUGGGGUAGAAGUCCAGCCUGAUGUGGCUCAGGGGCGAGGUAGAUAGAACAGGGACAUCAUGUUAUCCUAGAAUACUAACAUGUGGCAGCCCACACUGAGCUGGGGCGGAAGUAAACACAGAAGUCAGACCUUCCUGGGGCUGAGUUGCUAGUUUGAUCGCAGAAUACCUCUCCUCUCACCCCAUGUCGUUCUACUGAAUAAAGAAGUGAAUUCCUUUUGCCAAAAACAAACAAAACACUCAACUAUACCUACAACUUCUGUUCAACCGUUCAGUGAACCUCGUUUUUUGUCGAUCAGUCACCUCUGCCGUAGAAGCAGCACCAAACCAGACCUCAUCAUCAGCACAUGCUGCCUCUGCUCCCCUCACUUCUGUUCAGUGUCAUACCUCCGGGUGUUAUCACUGCUGUCAGGUGUUUUUUUACUGCGUUUUUAACAUUUUUAACCCUCCAUUUCACACACAGACACUCGCCCACACUUAGUAUAUUUUGUUUUGUAUGUAUCAUAGCUCCCCACCUCUCUCGUGAUCUCUAUGGUCAGUGUUGUCUAGAUGCGGGGAGUGUUUCUGACCCCAGUAUUCCUCCCAGCAGUAGGGGGCGCUACACUGGUGAAUGUUAGUUUAGAUGACCUAGUUGUGAUGAUGAUGAUGCUGCUUCACGCUUGCUGCUGGCAGCCUAGAGAUUGAGCCUGACGGCCGUGCAGGUAGAACAGGACACCUGAAGACUGACUACCCUGGGCCCUGUUGAGGCUGAAGAGCAGAGAUUGGGGUUGUGGGUGUGGGGGUUGUGGAGGUGGUUGGGGGGUCCACCCUCCCUUCUGGCCGUCCUGUACAGCUCUGUGUUAAAAGCAAGACAGGAUCAAAACGUUCUAGAUUUCCUCCUCUGGCUGUCAAGGCCACCGGAAGAAACCCUGGUGUAGCCACCCCCAAAUGUAUAUUUCCAUUUUAAGAGAAUUUCUGCUAUAGUAAAGUUUUUAUUAACAAUUCUAUACUAAGUGUUUGUGUGUGUGUGUGUGUGUGUGUCGGACCGUAGAGAUCUGCCAAGCUUCUCCUGGGAAUCUGCUGCAACACACACACCUUUGCAGCUGCUCUUUUAGACAACUUCUGUUACACACACACUUGUGGGGAGACACGGAAACACACCUUUAGAAACACUGGCACCCAUGCACACCUGUAGUAACACACACACACACACACAGAGAGACAGUCCUUCGUACGAGUACACCGUCUCUCUCAGCUCUCUUCUGUCUUGGCCUGUCUGAAGACUGUCAACCCUGCUCCCCUCCCACCCAGUAGCCACUGCUCUGGGCUCACGCUGGGAACGCCGGAUAGCUUUCUUGGUCCGGAGCCUUCCGUCAGGGGUCGGGUGGGAGGUCGGAGGCGUGUUGACGGUGUUUCCUCAGGGUCCGGGUCAGCACCAGCGCUGAAGCCUCCGCUGAAGGAUUUAGGACUAAUAGACAACAAGCUGUGCACAAUUGACUUCUUUAUAUACGGUUUUAAGUUCAUAUUUUGAGUUUUUGAGUUUAGCAAUUGUGAAAUGAGUUACCCUCUACUUAGCAUGAAACUUUAAAAACCUUUAAAACAAUGUAAAAAAAUAAUAAUAUUAUAAUAAAAACAUACCUAUGUACUGGAAACAUGCUAAAAAGAAAUAUUGUAUUCUGUUUAAUUUUGACAGAAUUAUUUUUAUUAAAAUACACAUCCAUAAGCAUA